AUGGACAGCUACAUGUUCCAGACAAUCGCCCACUCGGCCAUCCCCCUGUACGAGGAGUGCCUGGCGCACGCCGGGGUGCCGCUCUUCCGCGAGCCGAUCACCGGCCGGCCGGUCCAGACGGCCAUGGACUACGCGGCCGCCACCGAGGCCGACGAAGUGGAGGACCUCUUCCGCCUGCUGUCACGCGUCAAGGACGCCAUCCCCUCCCUGCAGGCGGUCUGCUCCGGGGCCAUCCUCUCGGACUACCAACGCCUGCGCGUGGAGAAUGUCUGCCGGCGCCUCGACCUCGUGCCGCUGGCCCCGCUGUGGGCCCUGCCCCAGGCGGCCCUGGUCCCGCGCAUGAUCGCCGCCCCGCUGGACGCCGUCCUGGUCAAGGUGGCCGCCAUGGGCCUGGUCCCGCGGCGGCACCUUGGCAUGACUCUCUCGGCCAUCUGGCCGACCCUCAUGCGCCUGGGCGACAUGUACGGGCUGAAUGUCGCCGGCGAAGGCGGCGAGUACGAGACCCUGGUGCUGGACGCCCCCUUCUUCUCGCGGCGGAUUGUCCUUGCCGAGACGGCCGUCGAGUAUGACGAUGGCAACCCGGAUGUCGCACACCUGCGCAUCUUGCGCGCCCACACCGAGCCCAAGGAGCAGGGCACCUUCUGGCCGGCGGCCGACCAGGCCCCCGGGCCCGGGGUCCUGCAGCGCCCGGCCAGCCCGCACUGGCCACUCGCCGACCCGGCCACCGCGGCCGCGUGCCCGGCCAUCGCGGCCGAGCUCGGGUACCUCUGUGCCCUGCCCGGGCCGGGGCUUGGGGCGGUGGCCCUGCGGGACCGGCCGUCCGAAGCGCCGGCCUGCGCCCCGGCCGCGUGGCCCUCCCCCGGGGUGGCGGCCCUGCCAGCCUGGCUGGCCAGCUCAAGCCCGCGCGUCAUCCGCGGCCGGGGCUUCGCCGUGGCCACCGGCCUGGACUCGGGCCCCGUCCCGGGGGCCGGGCCCGCCGGCGAGUCGGCCGCCGAGCGCCUGGUGGCCCGCGCCGCCGCCCUCCUGGCCGAGGCCGGGCUUGACCUGGCCCACUCGGCUCGCUGGACCCUGCACACCUGGCUCCCGGAGGGGGGCUCCGCCUGCUCGGCCGCUCGGCAGGCCUUCCACCGCGAUGUCACGCGCCUGGUGGCAGCCAUCCCCGGAAGCCCCUCCCCCCCGGCGGUGGGCUUCCUGCCGCCGAUGCCGCUGGCCGGGCUCGGCCCGGAUGCCGGCCCGGUGUUCGGCCUGCAUGUUCUGCUGGUGACCGAUCGGUCGGUCAGUCGUGAUGCCCUGUCGGCUGGGAGCCUCUCCUACUGGCUGCCGCCGGCCCCGGCCGGGGCCUCCCUGGCGUCGGUCAUUCGCCCGGACACCUCGGUCGGGCCUGAGUCCGGGCCCGGGGCCCGGGGGCUGGCCGUGGCCUCGGCCUUGGAGGCCCGGCUGCCGCACACCGGCCAGCCGGCCGCAUGCCACUGCCCGGGGUUCCGCUUCGCCCUGGUCGCCCGGCAUGCGGCCCUGCUGGCUGACCGCCUAUGUGACCUGUGGCCUGGGGCCUUUGCCCGGCGGACGCCGGUGUGCGCGGACUUCGCCUGCUGGCCGGCCACCUCCCAGGUGUUGGCCGCCCAUGCGGCUGGCUGCGCGCAUGCCCUGGCCCAUGCCCUGCUCCCGGGCAGCCAUUCCCCCGACCGCCCGGGCGGCGACUCGUCGGCCUAUGACCAGGACGAGGAGGACGAGGACGCCCCGGCCCCCCCGGGCCGGAGCUUCGGCCACCUCCUGGCCGGGACGGCCUUCCACCUGGCCGGGCUGCUGACCGACACGCAGGCUGCCCUCUGCCGGGCCAUCUGGACCGGGGCCUUCGCCGACCGGGGCAUCGCCGCCCCGCCGGCCGUUGUGUGCGCCGGGGCCGGGGCCGACUUCCUGGACGCCUGCCACCCGGUGUUUGCCGGCCUGCCGGCCGGGCCCCCGGCUGCCAGCCCGACUUGGUCCCCGGCCGACGACGGGCAGCGGCUCCUGCCGGCCGGCGCCGGUCUCUGGCUUCACCGCGGCCCGUCGAGCGUUGUGCUGUCGCUGGCCGCCGAGGGCCCGGCGCUGCCGAGCCUGGAAGACGCCCUGCGCGCUGUGGCCCGGGCCUUCGGCCAUCUGGCCGCCGCGGACCGGCUGUCGGUCAUCGACUCUACCUGGCACCUGGCCAGGGAGGGCCUUCCCCUGGAGGAGGAGGGCGCCUGGGCCGCCGGCCUCGGCGGGUCGCCGCUGGAGCACGGCACCCGUGCGGUGGCCAGCCAGAUCCACCUGCUGGCUGACGGCGCGCCCGCUUGGCUCCGCCUUUCGGACCCCCCUGCCCAGGCGGACCGCCAUGUGCCUGAUGCGCUGCCGGCCGGCCACCGGCCCCUGCUGGUGUGCACGGUGCUCGUGGAGGAGCGCCUGCCCUGA